AUGCUAUUUCAUCUACGACCGGAUACUCAUAAGUUGCUAGCUCUCCUCUUAAUUGUUUUUUUAGAACUAGCGUCAACAUCUGCUAGACCUACAACAACAUCAGAAGAAGUGGAACCGACGCCGUCUUACAUAGUCGAUAUCUUGUCAGCCGAACCACAAUUCUCGUACUUUCUACGUCAACUACAAAGAAACGGAAUAAUUCCACAGCUAAAUCUUAUGCAAAAUGUGACGUUGCUAGCGCCCGUAAAUCUGGCAUUUGUUGAGGUGGCAGGGUCAUAUGAUCCUUGGGAUGACAACAACUUAUUACGUUAUAUUUUGAAUCAGAAGAUUGCCAUUGGAAAUCUAACUAGAGAAGAAGCUAUUUAUGAUACAUUAUACAACAAGACGGAAGGUAAACCAUAUCCCGUCAAAAUCAAGCCAGAUAAUGAUGUGUAUGUGAUUGACGACUCUGCCACCAUAGUGGAAGAGGACAUCUAUGCAAAGCAUCAAAAGUCAUAUAUUCAAGCGAUUGAUAAACUACUACCAGUGAAGGAGACAAUGUGUGACGUUUUGCUCAACUCAGAAGAAGAAAGGAUGUCAAUUGUACGUCAAUUGUUUCGACUGCUAUUUCCAGAGGAAGAAGAAGAUUCGUUAGCCAAGAAGAAGAAGAAGAGGAAGAAGAAGAAAACGAAUAAGAAGAAACCAAAGGAGCUUCCCACAUCGUGUCCCGACUUUCUUCAUGGCGUGAAAACAGUGGUUGUACCUAGCAAUAAUGUGUUCAAAAAUUCGUUAACUGAUCUUCAAUUAAAAUAUUACUUGGUGAAUACCGAUAGUGCGGCGUUCGAUACUACCGACGAAGCUGAGUAUGAGAUAAACUCAGACAUUGUCCUGCUACUCCAACAUCUCAUGUUUAAGGAGUAUAUCGACGGUGAGAACGGGACAGAUAAAAAGGUCAUUUCAUCGGCUGGACAAAAACAUACAUUUCACAAAAAUCAAGGAAACACGACAAUAGCUCGUUUCUCCACUAACCAAUCAAUAGCUCUAGCCGAUGGGCUACUACAAGUUUUUGAAACUGGUGAUGAGUUCUUUCAAUAUUUGAAAAUCCCUACUGCUGAGAUGAUUGCUCGAAAAGCUUUAUUUGCUCAUCGCUACUCCAAUGUUGUUAAAGAGUUAAACUUUAGACUGUUGGAUAGCUAUAUUGAUGGUUCAUCUGUCAACCAAACAAUACUUGUUGACAUUGACCUGCGUGAUGAUGUCAGUGACGAUGAGAUAAAGUCAAUGUCAUUCAGUUCCAAACAAGAACUUAUGUAUCAUUUUAUUGAUGAGGCUCUUGAUUUUAGUGACGCAUCGCAUAUCUUAGCAAAUACUCGUCUAUGCUCAAAGAAGAAACUAGGCGGUUGUUACAAAAUCAAAGUAUCUGAAAAGCAGAGGGAUGAUGGGCCUCAUUACUUUAUUGCAGGUGGCGUAGAAGUGGCUGAAACUGUCCCAAUACUAAAUGGGAGUCAGAUAUUUAUCACAAAAGAUGAAAUCUCCACACCGGUCAAUCUCAAGCACUCGCUAGGAGACUUGAUGUCUAAUGGAGCAUUGCCUCCUUCAGAUGACUUGGAGAUCGAUCGUAGUGGGUGCGUGCGUACUUUAAGGUAUUUUGAUUUGUUUGACGUGUUAUCGUUGAAAGACAACGAGCAAGGCUAUACAAUAUUUUUACCAUGUGGUAUGACAGAUAGUAGAAUUGAUGAAGGAUUAUGGAAAGAACUCAGUCUAGUGUUAGAUUACCUUGAAUCCAAUCCAACUAUAUUCAAAAGCAUAAUUCGAGGUAUGUUUUUAAAAGAGACAUUAUACAGUGAUUUUCAAGGUUCAAAAAUAUUUCAGGAUAUCGACGAUGAUUCAAUCCGAGUAAGAAGCCUAGGUGUCUCCAAAGACUCCAAUCAGAUUGAAGUAGCCAAUGAUAAUAUAUUUGACUUGCCUUUAAACUCGGACGUUUUAUUCAACCAAGGAGUGAUACAUGUAGUGAACAAAGUGAUUCUUCCACAUGAUUUUUACAUUCCCAUAAAUGAUCUAAUCGCAACUACAUUCGAUGCUCUGUUUCCCGAUUUUUCAAUUACACGUUUGCUUGAUGUGUUUCCUGAUAUCAAAAAGUCUUUAACACACAAGAAGCCAUAUUCUUUACUUAUUCCUCAACCCGAUUCAUUAAAAGAUUUCAACAUAACAAAGUCGUUUGGUGAUUUAUACAAGUUUCUCCAAUUUCAUUUGAUACCAAAUGAAGAGGCCUAUAAGUUGGUUGAUUGUGCGUUGGGUAAAAAUGUCAAAGAUACAAUACGAACAAAUCUCACUCGUGGUGGUCUUGUAUGCAAACACACACUGAAGAAGGGUCAAACAUUACUACAGUUGCAAAAAUUGAACGAUACUGAUACUGUGGUUGGCUCUUCUUACAAUAAAAAUCAAGAGGUGAAGUUGUUAUCUCACGGCUGCACUCAACAAGGAAAUACGAGCAAUCGCUCGUGUGUUUUCUUAAUUGACAAACCGUUGAAUUUACAAUGGUUUAAUAGAAAACCAGGCAACUUCCUUCAUAUUCAUUUGGGAAUAGUUAGUCUUGGAGUUGGUAUCAUACUAGGAUUGCUCAUUUUUGGUGGGGUUAUGAUUGGGCUAGUUUUGUUAAUGGGAAAAAGAGAUGGUUCUCGAAGAAAACCAAGCCAUGGUGAUGAGCUUCCUCGUGCUGAUUCAGGAUUCAUGAGUGUGCUUACCGAUGAUGAUGAUUAUAUGCCAUACGAUAGAGGAUACGAAACAGAUGUGGAUGUGUUACGUUCAGAAACAGAAGCAUUAUUUCCCAGUCUGAAAAAGAAACGAAAGAUUAAGCACAUUGAUUAUGGGUCGACUCAAUCUUCUUCUGAUCGUAAUAAAGAAAAUGACCCGCCAGUUACUCUUCCUCGGGACAUUGGUAACAUCAGGAGCAACUUAUCUAGGGAAAGAAACUUACCUGGUGUGUCGCAGUUUUAA